CGACACUGGGGCACACUGACCGGGAUUUCUGCGCUCAAGCCAAGGGCUGUGGCCAUUGGCUGAUGGACAGUCUCACCAUAGGACACAGUUUUGUUGACAUUGCUCUGUUAAUCCUUGAAGAGAUCCACAUAACAUCUUUGUCAAUUUAUUGUUUAAGAACAAACUGUUUUGGCAGAGGAUCUUUAGUUAAAAAAACGGUGUACCAUCCGAACGGCUGUGGAGCAGUUUUCCUUUUUCGUCACAGAUUCUAAAGUUGAUGACUCAGAGGGGGCGUUUCCUGUUUGUCAUAAAGUUUCCCAAUUUGCACACUCUCUCCAAACACCUCAAAGACCUUCAAGACUUAAACCCCACCUCGCACUACUUGCCUGAGCUCUCUUCCACACCAUCAUUAAAAUUAUGGGUCUCAAGCCAGACUCCGGUUUACAAUACUUACUGUUGCUCCCCAUCUACCUCAUUAUUUGGCUUUGGUCAGUCAUCUCCUUCUUGCCCUGGUACUACAUCACCGGCGCGGGGCAGAAGAAGAUCCAAUCUUGCCGGACCAAGGCCAAGUCUACCACAGGACUGACAGAGGGUCCCUAUCGAAGUGUUGAUCAUUUUGAGUCCCUGGCCAAAGAGGACUUCGCAGGCAAAGAUACACUCGAUAAGCUUUUUAACCAUGCUGUGGAGAGAUUUGGGUCCUCGUUCUGCCUUGGUACCAGAGAUGUACUCAGUGAGGAGAAUGAAGUGCAACCUAGUGGAAAGGUAUUUAAAAAGUUGAUCCUUGGAGACUAUAAAUGGCUUUCCUAUAAUGAAGUGGACACGAUUGCGACUGAGUUCGGCAGUGGACUGGCAGCUCUCGGACAAAAGCCCAAAAGCAGCAUUGCCAUCUUCUGUGAGACCCGUGCCGAAUGGAUGAUCACCGCCCAGACGUGCUUCAGGCGAAACUUUCCCCUGGUCACUUUCUAUGCCACUUUGGGAGAGGAUGCCAUCGCCUUUGGACUGAAUGAGACCGGCGUUACUCAUCUCAUCACCAGUGUAGAGCUGUUGGAGACUCGACUCAAAAAUGUCCUCCCUCAAAUCCCUAAACUGAAACAUGUGAUUUACGUCGACCAAAAGAAAAUGAACACAGACGGAUACCCAGCAGGACUCUCCAUUCACAGCAUGCAGUCUGUCAGAGAUCUGGGAACGCUGCCUGAAAACCUGGAGAGGCCCAUAGUGAAGCCUCAGCCCUCAGACCUGGCUGUGGUGAUGUACACGAGCGGGUCCACGGGGCGCCCCAAAGGAGUCAUGAUCAUUCACAGUAACUUGAUCGCUGGGAUGACAGGACAGUGCGAGCGCAUCCCUGAACUUGGGCCUAAAGACACAUACAUUGCCUAUCUGCCCCUGGCUCAUGUCCUGGAGAUGACUGCUGAAAUCUCCUGUGUUACAUAUGGAUGUCGAAUCGGAUAUUCCUCCCCUCAAACUCUGUCAGACCAGUCGACAAAGAUCAAGAAAGGAAGCAAAGGAGACUGCAGUGUCCUCCGGCCCACCCUGAUGGCAGCUGUGCCUGAAAUAAUGGACCGUAUAAACAAAAAUGUUAUGAGUAAGGUGCAGGAAAUGAGCUACGUUCAGAAGACACUGUUCACACUGGGGUAUAAGUACAAGCUGGAGCAGAUCAAGAGAGGAUAUGACGCACCUCUUUGUAAUGCUCUGCUAUUCCGUAAAGUGAAGAAGCUUUUGGGGGGAGAGGUGCGAAUGAUGCUGUCUGGAGGUGCCCCUCUGUCUCCUGCCACUCAGAGGUUCAUGAACGUGUGCUUCUGUUGCCCUGUGGGACAGGGCUAUGGCCUCACCGAGACCUGUGGAGCGGGCACCAUCACUGAAGUUGCUGACAUCAGCACCGGUCGCGUUGGGGCUCCUCUUAUUUGCUGUGAAAUCCAGCUCCGGGACUGGGCAGAAGGAGGCUACACCAGCAAUGACAAGCCGAACCCCAGAGGCGAGGUCCUAAUCGGGGGCCCCAACGUAACACAAGGUUAUUAUAGACACGAAAACAAUGAUGAUGACUUCUUUGUGGAUGAGAAAGGACAGAGAUGGUUCUGCACUGGAGACAUUGGAGAGUUUCACCCUGAUGGCUGUCUGCAGAUAGUAGAUCGUAAAAAGGACUUGGUGAAGCUCCAGGCGGGAGAGUAUGUUUCUCUGGGGAAAGUGGAGUCUGGUCUAAAGAACUGCGCUCUUAUAGACAACAUUUGUGCGUAUGCAAACAGUGACCAGAACUACGUGAUAAGCUUUGUGGUGCCAAAUCAGAAAAAGCUGAUGGAGUUGGCUAAACAAAGAGGAAUAACAGGGACCUUUGAAGAAAUCUGCACACACCCCGAAAUGGAGAGAGAAGUUCUGAAGCAAAUCAAGGAAGUCGCUGUUAACAUCAAACUGCAAAGGUUUGAAAUUCCUGUCAAGGUCCAUCUUAGUCCAGAACCGUGGACCCCUGAAACUGGUUUAGUCACAGACGCGUUCAAGCUGAAGAGGAAAGAGCUGAAGAACCACUAUCUUCACCACAUUGAGCGAAUGUAUGGAGGAAAAUGACUCAAUGCAAUGUCUCCAUGACAACCAAUACCACUGUAAAAAAAAAAAAAAAAAAUCAGUGAUAUCAAGUUAAAAUGCUGUUUGUGUACUGUACAUAGACUCCAGAAGUUCAGUGGAGAAGAAAUAAUAGGAUAUCAUUAGCUGCUUUGUUUGAAAUGGGGCUGCAUGAUAUAAUUUUUGCUUAUGGUUGUGCCAUUGAAUUCCAGUCACUGCUCACAAAUGGUUUCAUUCACUGAUCAAAACUUGGUCAAAAAUCAAUGGCUAAACAGGUGUUUAUUGAAAAGCUAGAAUCACAUCUGCUUCCAUUAGUAAAAUAAUUUUUUUUUAAACUAAACAAUCUGUUUUAAUCUGUAAGGUCUAUUAAAGGUGCACUAUGUAACUUCUAGUGGAAAGCCUGCCACCAGUGCAAUAUUUCUUUUGUCUGGUAUGUUUUUUGACAUUCUGUUAUUUUAUACCUCCAUAGGAACAAGUAGGUAGAGGAUCCUCCACCAGAAAUGCUAUGCAGUGCAUCUUUAAUAAUUAUGAAUUUUGUGUAAAUACCAACAUUUUGCAAUAUAUUGUGCAGCCCCACUUUGUACAUUGUUAUGUUAUUGUGUGUAGCAUGUAUACAUAAUGGCUUUGAAUGUGAAGAGAUGCCCAAAUCUCUUACUGAAGAGGGAUAUAUUGAGACCAUUUCCAGCACUAGACUGCCAUACUGCCACAUCUGGUGAACUAGGUUUGUAGGUCAAUAGAAGUACCCUAGCACUCCUUAUGUAGGUCAAGAUUAUUAUUGGUCUUUGUAAUUUAAAGCUUUGGUGUUACUUCAAUUGAAUAUUUACAAAAUGUAGUUCAUGUCAAAGAAUGUGUGCAGUGUUUUUUGUAAAAUUUCUCAGCGUUACUGUGCCUUCCAUCUGCUGUGCUUUGUGUAAUAAAGCAGAGUUAAGUGGCAAACUAAGGAAAGGACAUUGUUUACAUAAAUGUUACAAAUGUGGCUUAAAUGUCUUGCUAAUAUGAGGUUAUUGGAAGAAAAAUAUUUAUUUCAAUUGGCAUGUUUGUAAAGGAAAAUGUCUAUUCUACUCUUGUACAUUGGUCAUUUAUAUAUUUAUUGCUGAGUGACACCAAACCGUGUAUAUGACUCAGGAAGGUUAAGCAAAUGUAUUUAUAUGAGGUUGUAAGUUGGUUAUGUGUGUAAAAAAAAAAAAAAAACUGCUUCAAACUUAUAUGUAAAUAUUAUUGCUACAGUAAAUUAUUUGCUGGUAUGUAGGGUCAAUCUGUGCACAAAACCUCAGCUGACAGUUGGUCAUUUUAAGAAGAAAAUCACCAGGAACUUUUGUAUUUUUUAAAUGUCAUGGAUGAUUUGCUUCUGUCAUCUCACAGCUGCUCAUUCCUUAAAUCACUUGUAAUUAUUGCUCCAUCUACAUGCGCUUUGUUCAAGUUUUUUCAAAAAAUAAAAGUGUUCUCUUA